GUCAGGUGAAAACUAGCGUUACGUAGCUUUUUGUAAACGUGCGCGUCUGUUUACAGUCUGGAUGUUCGAGGCCGAGCAUGCGUGUCUCACACUAGGCUGCAGACAUCGGUUUCCGUGAUCAACACUACUUCACUGACACCAUGUCGUCUCAUCAGCAAAACCAGAAGUACAAAAAACAGACGAAACUGUCUCACUGUUUUCGGUUAGUCCAGCCGGCUAUGCGCAGUUUGCCAGAAUCUGAACAGCAAGAGGAGGGACUUGAGGAAGCAAAUGACUCUACUACCAAACUGAUGCCAGACACUGCCAUUGCAGCGUCAGCAGACAGCCAUGACAGUGAAGAGAUAGCGCCAUCGAGUCUGUGCAAUAUGAAAGAUCCCUGUCUAGGAGCAAAGACAGCUGACGUUCUUCGAGGUCCUUUUCAGCCAACAGCUGAUUCUGUGAUUGGUGGAACAUUUCCUAAAAGACAGUUUGGUAAACAACAAAGGUGCUUUUAGUCAUCUUGGUAUGACAAAUUUGUAUGGCUAGAAUACAGUCCACAGUUGGACGCAGCCUUUUGCUUUUCCUGCCGUUUUGCAGAAUGCAGUGCCAGUGGUACAAUAGGUCGUCCUGAUCCAUCCUUUACACGGAAAGGCUUCAGAAACUGGAAGACUGCUCUUGAUGACUUUAGA